CCAGGCUGGCCGAGAAAGAGGUGGCGGCGGCGGCCGAGCAGAGGUGCAGCGCGGCGGUCGUUGAUGAGAGAAUCGAACGGCGACUGGGAGCCGCAACGGCAGCCCGCGAGAGGCAGCGGCGAGCUUUAGCGGCGCGAGCGGGCGGGCUCGGGGCCGCCGUUCCCCUCAGCAUCUCGGCGCUCUGGCCCGGCCCCUUUCCGGAGGUGGCGGGUCCAGAGGGUCCGUCCCCGCCCCUUUGCUCGUGGACCCCGGGAGAGUUUGCAGAAUGGAAUAACUUUGAAUGAAAGACAAACAAGCUCUGCUUCAGCAUGGAUGCGGUUAUGGCUGAUGGGGAGACUGAUAAAGCUUCGCAUCACGGUGAGAUCAAAGACUCCCAGGGACCCUCAACGGUGGUAACAAACAAUGAUGAGUCUCAUGUACUUACUCCAGGAAAAAUGAGCCAGCGUCAGGGAAAAGAAGGAUAUCUUACCCCAACCAAAGAACUAUUCCAGCCUUCGUUCAGUCCAGGAACUGCCCAUAGCCAUGGUUUCGACAAAGGAAAGGAUGACACAUCGCAGAGUAAAGAUGAUUCCCUGCAGUCUAUGUCAAAAAGCAAGUCAGAAUCUAAGCUUUAUAAUGGCUCUGAGAAGGAGAUUGCUGCUGCCGCCGCCACCACCACCUCCUCCUCUACGAUCAAACUCACAAAGAAAGAGUCCCUUAAGGUUCAAAAGAAAAAUUACAGGGAAGAGAAGAAAAGAGCCACAAAAGAAUUACUGAGCACAAUUACAGACCCAUCAGUUAUUGUUAUGGCUGACUGGUUGAAGAUCCGUGGUACACUGAAAAGCUGGACCAAACUUUGGUGUGUGUUGAAACCAGGAGUAUUGCUCAUUUAUAAAACUCCUAAAAAUGGCCAGUGGGUGGGAACAGUACUUCUGAAUGCUUGUGAACUCAUUGAACGGCCUUCGAAAAAGGAUGGAUUUUGUUUCAAACUUUUCCAUCCUUUGGAGCAAUCCAUCUGGGCUGUUAAGGGACCUAAAGGUGAAGCUGUUGGCUCUAUAACACAGCCAUUACCCAGCAGUUACUUGAUUAUCCGAGCAGCUUCAGAAUCAGAUGGUAGGUGUUGGAUGGAUGCACUGGAAUUGGCUUUGAAAUGUUCAAGUUUGCUCAAGCGUACUAUGAUUAGAGAAGGCAAAGAACAUGACCUGAACUCAUCAACAGAUGUUGCGCAUGUCUCUCUUUAUGGCCUCCUCCGUGCAAACAAUGUACAUAGUGGUGAAAACUUCCCGUUAAAUGAUAGUGAAAUGGAAAGGCAUCAUUUUAAAGAUCCAGAUAUGUAUUCUGAUAAAUCAGAUAAGGAAAAUGAUCAUGAUCGUGAUGAGUCAGACAAUGAUGGCUUGGGCGAAAGUGACUCUGACACAUCAGAGCGACAGGAUGACUCGUACAUUGACCCAGAACCUGAUCAUGUCAAGGAAACAACUUAUUUGGAAGAGAUUCAUGAAGAGCUUGGGGAGGCAGGGGAAGCAUCUCAAACUGAAACUGUAUCAGAAGAGAACAAGAGUUUGAUCUGGACAUUACUAAAACAAGUACGCCCAGGAAUGGACCUCUCCAAAGUGGUGCUGCCUACAUUUAUUUUGGAAACGCGUUCUUUCUUGGACAAACUCUCUGACUAUUACUAUCAUGCAGACUUCUUAUCUGAAGCUGCCCUUGAAGAGAAUGCUUACCAGCGUAUGAAGCAAGUUGUGAAAUGGUAUUUAUCAGGAUUCUACAAAAAGCCAAAGGGAUUAAAAAAGCCCUAUAAUCCUAUACUUGGUGAGACGUUUCGUUGCAUGUGGAUUCAUCCAAGGACUAAUAGCAAGACUUUUUAUAUUGCUGAACAGGUGUCUCAUCAUCCUCCAAUAUCUGCCUUCUAUGUAAGCAACCGAAAAGAUGGAUUUUGCCUUAGUGGUAAUAUUUUGGCCAAAUCCAAGUUUUAUGGGAAUUCUUUGUCUGCCAUUCUGGAGGGUGAAGGUCGACUGAUGUUUCUAAAUAGAGGAGAGGAAUAUGUAAUGACAAUGCCAUAUGCACAUUGUAAAGGAAUUCUGUAUGGAACAAUGACUCUAGAACUUGGGGGAACAGUCAGCAUUGCAUGUGAAAAAACUGGAUAUAGUGCUGCACUUGAAUUCAAACUGAAGCCAUUUUUAGGCAACAAUGACAAUGUUAAUCAAAUAUUGGGCAAAAUUAAACUGGGCAAAGAAGUUUUGGCUACUCUAGAAGGCCAUUGGGACAGUGAAGUUAUUAUUAGGGAUAAAAAGACAGCUGUUUCAGAGACAUUCUGGAAUCCAACACCUGAAAUCAGACAGCACAGAUUAAGAAGAUUCACAGUGAAGUUUGAGGAGCAAAGUGACUUUGAAUCGGAGAAACUUUGGCAGCAUGUGACUCGUGCUAUAAUCAACAAAGACCAAGCAGAAGCAACACAGGAGAAAUGUAUUUUGGAGGACGCUCAGAGAAAAGCUGCCAAAGAAAGGAAAGCUCAUGAUGAAGAGUGGAUAUGUAGACUAUUUGAGCAAGAUGUACUCACAGGAGAAUGGAAUUACAGAUUUGCAGAUACAAGACCAUGGGAUCCAUUAAAUGAUAUGAUACAAUUUGAAAAAGAUGGUGCCAUCCAAACAAAAGUCAGACAUCGGACACCAAUGGUUACUGUUGCAAAAAUCAAGAGGUCUGCUACAUCAAAAAAAGGAGAGUGUGGCUUCUCCUCACCAGAACCUGAUAAUCAGGACUCUUCUGGAAGUGAAGCACAACUAAAGCACAGUACAAGAAUCCGGAAGAAGAUGGUAGACCUUGGAGAACUGCAAAGUGCCAUUGAAUCUAUACGGGAAACUCAGGAAGAAAUUAGAAGGGACAUCAUGGCUUUGCGAACCCGAAUGACUUCAAACCCACCUACUCAAGAUAAUUUUUUUCAGUUCAAGCACUAUGUCUUCAUUUUGCUAAUGAUUCUCCUACAGCUUAUCAUCAAUUAUUGGUUUAAAUAGAAUGCCUGAGGAGAAGAAUAUAUGAAAUGGGAAAAAUUAUAUUCUUCUGGGACCAUAUUUUAUGCUUGAGUUGACUUCAAAUAAUGCAAUAUUAUCUGAAAGACAAGAGACCAGCGGGUAAGAUUUAGGCCUUUGCUUCAAACACUUGUGCUCACAUGGAGCAACGUCUGUGAUAUUCCGUCCUAGCCAGAUGACCAUGGACAAUACAGAUGUGCCAGUACCUUACUCGUUGUGACUUUUAAAUGCCAGCUACCUGCCUUGCAUAUUCCAGUGUGUUGUAUGUUACAGUGAUAUAAACAAGUACAGAAAAUGUCAGAUUGGUUAUUCAAAGAAACAUUUUUGUUAUAACAAAGUAAUCUUCACUGGUGAUGUUGACAACACAAGUUUAAUAGAAACUGUGAUCCCAGUUCAUUUGGAAACUUACAGUGAUGCCAACUUGAGAAAUUCAGUCUUACAAAGAAUAAAUUAUUCAUAUGUUCAUUGCCAUUAAAUGGAGGUAAAUUACUAGUCCAACAGCAUUUCAUUAAUCCUAUGACAUUUCAGUGACUUGCUUUUUAGCUGUGGUUAUCCUUUGAUUAUGAAAAUUAAGUUCCAUUGGUAGCACUGGCCAGAUAAGAGAAUAUAGCAAGAUGACAGUUUGGAAAAGCUCACUGAUAGGUUUGUGAGUGCAGCAGCACUUUUAUCCACUUCUUUCCCAACAUUAGCCCCUUGUGAUAAAUUAAAAACUUUAAAAAAAUACUCCAGGUACCUUCAGAGAAAGUUUAAUAUUAAAUGCGGGAACAUGGAUGUGGUGUCUUCAGUUCAUAUGGAGAAAGGAUAAGACCUGUUGGGUGAUACACAGAGCUUCUUGGAUAGCACAUGAGAUCUCUUGCUAACAGUAAGCAUUAUGCAUUCAGUAUGAAUGAGGGGCUUAUCAGGCCAGCAGCAGCCAUUGAAUAUAAUUGUUUCUAGAUUGUUAUGCUGUUAAUAUUAUAACAUAAUUUCAAGAAUGGCUUUCAAUGGCAGUUAGUCCAUCAUUGUAUGCCUAUUUGCUUUGAGAUACCCGAAGUCAUAGUAAAGUAGCCUUUUUUUAAUAGGCUGAAAUACAGAUUUGCUAUUCUGGACAUUUCUGUAAGUGAUAGCACAUCUUUGAAAAUCCAGUUGAAUUGUUUAAAAAUUCUACAAGAUAAAUCAGUGUAAACCCAAGUGCUAUUCCUGUAUUCACUGUGUGUCUGCAUGGCACACACAUAUUACUUUUGAUGCAUGGCAAAAUAAGAGGAAAUUCACAUCUUUUGUAAUUAAUGUACUUUCAGAGUAUACAUAAUUCUUGUCACUAACUCAUGUGUAUGUUGUACAGGUUAUCGAUUAUUUUAACCAACUUUUUUAGAAAAAGGAUAUACAGCCUAAAGUUAUUUAAGCAGAGUAAGAUAGCAAUAGAAAUAACGUAGUUAGAUGUGUCUUUCUGUUUCAUGUUUGCCUAUCUCAAGCCUGUAUUCUAAUUUUACCCAUUUGUACUGCCUUUAGACAUCUUGCCAAAUCUUUCUCUUUAAGGAUUAUCCAUCAAUACACAGAGCAACUAACUUUCAACAUGCCAGGUUAUGAUGUGGUUUCCAAGGUGCUGUGCAAGUAGAGAUUUAACAUGGUUCUACACUUGAGUCUAUGCAGCCAUGAUCCAGAAAUUUUGCAGAUAGGCUGGGAUGCUGUCUCUACUUGGUAGUCGAAAAAUAAGGGAUGACAUAUUAAGUCAGUAAGCAACACUAGCACCAACAAAUAACUAUAAGAUGAAUAGAUCUGUGUUUCAAUGUCAUACUGAUUUGUAAACACUUGAACAAUUGCAAAGGACUUUGGCCCCAUUUGCAAAUGUACAGGCAUGCUACAUUCUCUUUCUGUGUGCUUGUUCAUAUGUUUUCCUUAACUGUGUGAGAUGAAGCUACAAAAUGUAUUCAUUGGCUUUCUUUCAGGUGUUUCUAUUUUAGGAAUCUUUUUAGUCAGAGUUAAAUCAUAGUAGUCUAAUCUAGUUCUGUCUCUGAUAUGGAAAAGCACAGCUCUUAAAAGUCUGAAUUACUACUUUGCUCUUUUAUAUUGAUUUCCCGUGCAAGCAGGAAAAAAGGAAUUUAUUGCCUGAGUACUUUUUAUAUGAGAUGGUUGAUUAUGGGUCUAUUUUAUGAAAUGUUCCUUCAUAUAUAAUAUUUAGCCAUGUGUGUAUAUGAUCUUAAAUUCUUUCAGGUAGACUGUUUUCUGCAUAGUUGUUUAAAAAACUGUGAUUGUACAGUUUGUAGAACUGAGGGCAGUAGCUUCCCUGCUGACCCUUAGUAUUUAAAAGCACUUGCUUCUUCUCUAGUAAUUUUUGUUCUUCCUUGUAUAUAAAUAGAAAAUACUCAGAACUGCUUGUUGUUGCCAUGUUUAUGGCUAUAUAUUUAAAAGAAAUGCACUAUAAGCCUUUAAUAUGCCAUGUAACCAUUAACAUACCUAAAAGGAAAUUUAAGUAUGUUGUGUAUAAAGUAGAAAAUAGACUUCUAGGCAAUACGUAACAUUUCCUCUAUUCCAUGUGUUGGUUUGGUUUAACUGUUAGACAUCCCUUAUAAGGGUACAGCAUGCUUGUUUUUUCGUGAAAAGUUCAUUCUGAAAGCGUACCUCUACAAUGUAUCAAACAGUUUUACAGUUCACUAUCCUCCUGUGCCUUUGGGAAAAUCUUCUUGCCAAUUCAAGGUUAAUGAAAUAAAAUGAGAGUUAAAAUACGUUUGUCUUGUCUACCUUGAUAGUAGCCUUUUGCUUUUCAAGGCUCUUGCUCCUUCAUGGUUUUUAUCCUGUUGUAAAUAAAAUACCUAACUGCUGUACUCUUAUAAGAAUGAUUACUGUGUUUCAACUUAUACCCUCAGUUCUGGGGCAUCUUUGGAGAGUCAGGCCAUAAGAUUGAGUAUUGUAACAGUGCCUUGAUGGAACUCACACAGAAGAUGUGUGUAUAUAUAAAGAUGCUGUCAAGCUUGUGCCAAUUCUGUUCAUGAACCUCAGUGGAAACUGUUAUUUCCAAUAUUAUCUGUUAAACUUUUCCCAAAAGAUACGGUAGGGUUUUUCCAGUUAUUAGUAAUGGCUUAACAUGAUCUCUCAAUUUUGGAGUGUGUAUUAUUGUACAAUGAAGCUGCAAUGCUUUGUUUGUGAUACUACAGAAAUAGCCAUAAUAAAACCAUAACAUCACAGACAGGUUAUUUUGCUUUCUGAGUAAACCUAAGAAAAUCCAUUGUGAAUAAAAGUGUGGGGGGGGGAUGAGGGGAGAAGAAUUACUCAGAAGAAUAAAAGACAAUAAAGUUGUUCAACUACUGAUAAAACUUGGGGGGGGGGAAUACUACUUCAACCCUAAUCAAAUGGCUUCCUUGAACCAAGAGGCACAUUUAGUGAAUUUAAAUUUUCUAUACCUUUGGCUAAAACUUGGAAAGCACUUUUUAAAAUGCAUACUCUCUCACUAUUCUUGAACUCCAUGUUAUUGAAGGUCACAAAGUCCCCUCAAACAUUUUUAUCCCCACCCCCCUUUUAAAAAAAAACCCUUUUCCUUAGAGUUUUGUACUGUUACAUAUUUUUUAACUGAAAAUGGGCUGUUGUACUAAAGCUGUACAGGACCAGUGUUCAAUGCAUAUAAUAUAUGUAAAAGUCAGAAGUUAUGACAGAAAAAGAAUGUGAAUGCACUUAUUAAAUAUAUGUUGGAAAACUAAUUCCUAUUUGUGUCUGCAUAUCAUGUAAAAUAGCAUCGAUUGUCACAUUAUUGCACUGUAGUGUGUGUGUUUUUUAAAUCAUGCUGCCUGCAGUAUGAUAAGAGAAACCAGUAAUUUAUUUGAAAGAACUGGAAAUUGUGUGUUGCAUGCUUAAUUGUACAGCUAAGUUCAACAACUUAUCUAAAAGGCCAUUUGUAAAUUUUACUGGUCAUAGUUUUGUACAAUUAAAAAAAUAAAGAGCUGUGAUU